AUGUUCAUAUUGCGAUCCUUAGUAGCCUUGAGCUCCUUCGCAGUUGCCGCCUCAGCGGCCUUUCCUUUGAAACCAGAGAACGUCACCGUUGUACAAUCAACAAAAUUUCCUGGUGUUUCAAUAUCAUACAAAGAGACCAGCAUUUGUGAGACUACGGAGGGCAUCAAGGGCUAUAGUGGCUUUGUGCACCUCCCGGUCGAUCUGUUGAGGAAUCGCAGUUACGAGAGCCAUAUCUAUUAUUGGUUUUUCCAAGCUCGACACGACGCGGAGAACGCCCCGCUCUCUAUCUGGCUCCAGGGCGGUCCUGGCGUGCCGUCUACCCAGGCUGCUGUCAGUGAGAACGGGCCUUGCGUCGUUCUUGAAGACUCCAAGACCACAAAGCUCGAUCCAUGGUCAUGGAACGACAAGGUGAACAUGAUCUAUAUCGACCAGCCAGUCCAGGUUGGUUACUCCUACGACCGGCUGGUAAAUGGAACCUUGGAUGUAGUUGCAUCUCCUUUCGCGUACAAACCAUCGAACUUCUCUCAGACAGGUGUACCAGAGACGAAUCUCACUUUCCUGACCGGCACUUUCCCAUCGCGAGACUUCCUCAGCACUCCAAACACGACAACAGCAGCCGCCCCGUUCAUCUAUGACUUCAUGCAGACGUGGAUGCAAGAAUUUCCCGGAUACAAGUCAAAGGACAACCGCUUCAGCAUAUGGGGUGAGUCGUACGCCGGGCACUACAGCCCUAUCUAUGCAGACUACUUUGAGCAGCAGAAUGACCUUGUUGCUGCUGAUGGGAGCAUCAACGGGUCUGCUAUAGAGCUCCAUGUGGAUACGGUUGGCCUCGUGAACGCAUGCAUAGAUAUCGACACGCAGAUCGACUACUACCCUGAGUUUGCCUACAACAAUACAUACGGCCUACAGUUCAUCAACCAGACACAAUACGACUCGGCGCUUGCAGCCUCACCUCAAUGCAAGAAUCUGACCGCAGUCUGCAGAACCCUGGCAGAUGCAAAGGACCCUGGCGGCUUGGGCAACCAGCCGGACGUCAACAAGGCCUGUUUGGGUGCCUUCUUAUACUGCUUCUCUAAGCUACAUGAUGAUUUUGACGCGUCAGGACGAAACAAAUUCGACAUCGUUGCACCCAACCUUCCUGAGUCCUUCCCCCCAAAAUGGGCCGCCGGCUACCUGAACGAUGCAGAGACCCAGCAGGCCCUCGGCGUCCCUCUGAACUGGACGGGCCAAUCGCUUCCUGUCGCGGUUAGCUUCAACGCGACCGGCGAUUUCAUCCUAGGCUACGGGCUCAAGAAGCUCGCAGAACUUCUCGAUAGAGGCGUCAAAGUCUCGCUCGUCUACGGUGACCGGGACUAUCAAUGCAACUGGCUGGGCGGCGAGGCCAUUAGUCUCGCACUGGGGUCAGCUGACUUCAAGAAGGCGGGGUAUGCAGAUAUCGAGACAAACUCCUCAUACGUUGGUGGUCUUGUGCGGCAACAUGGCAACCUCUCCUUCGCGCGGGUCUUCCAGGCUGGCCAUGAAACGCCCUACUAUCAGCCCGAGACUUCCUACCAGAUCUUCAACCGAGUGAUGUUCAACAAGGACGUGGCUACUGGUGAGGUAUCUGCUGUCGAUUACUCCAGCUGUGGAUUGAGCUCGGCAUGGACUGAAUCGGUACUGCAUGUAGACGAGGCACCUGCGCAGUGUUAUCUCUGGGACGUGUUUGAGACAUGUAGUAAAGCUGAAGCGGCAGUGUUGUUGAGUGGGAAUGCUAUCGUUAAGAACUUUCUGCUGGUAGGAAAGAUUGGAGGAAAUGGUACAGAUACUAAGUAA